UUUGCACUUGGCUCAUCACAGCUCAGACAUGAGGGAGUGCAUCUCUAUACAUAUUGGCCAAGCAGGCGUGCAGAUGGGCAAUGCCUGCUGGGAGCUGUAUUGUCUAGAGCAUGGAAUCCAGCAGGAUGGCAUUAUACCAGAUGAAAAGACUGCUGCGACUGACUCAUCGUUUGGGACAUUCUUCAGUGAAACUGGUUCUGGAAAACAUGUGCCUCGAGCUGUGUUUGUUGAUCUAGAGCAAACCGUUAUUGGUGAGAUCAGGACUGGGCACUACCGCUCACUUUUCCACCCAGAACAGCUUAUUACUGGGAAAGAAGAUGCCGCCAAUAACUAUGCCCGCGGCCAUUACACCAUUGGCAAAGAGAUUGUUGACUCUGUAUUGGACAGAGUCCGGAAAAUGGCUGAUCAGUGUAGUGGACUUCAAGGAUUUCUGAUUUUCCAUAGUUUUGGAGGCGGUACAGGCUCCGGUUUCACAUCACUGUUAAUGGAACGUCUUUCUGUUGACUAUGGCAAGAAAUCGAAGCUUGAAUUCUCAGUCUAUCCUGCUCCACAGAUUUCUACUGCAGUAGUAGAACCUUACAAUUCUAUCCUGACAACCCACACAACUCUGGAACAUUCUGACUGUGCCUUCAUGGUGGACAAUGAAGCUAUAUAUGAUAUCUGCAACCGUAAUCUAGACAUAGAGCGUCCUACAUAUACAAACCUGAAUAGGUUAAUAGGGCAGAUAGUUUCUUCCAUCACAGCCUCACUGAGGUUUGAUGGAGCACUGAAUGUUGAUCUAACAGAGUUCCAAACAAACUUGGUGCCUUAUCCUCGAAUCCAUUUCCCGUUGGUGACUUAUUCACCCAUUAUUUCAGCGGAGAAAGCUUAUCAUGAGCAGCUAUCUGUGCCAGAAAUAACCAAUGCUUGUUUUGAAUAUUCCAACCAGAUGGUGAAAUGUGACCCUCGCCGUGGUAAAUAUAUGGCUUGCUGUCUCCUGUACAGAGGUGACGUGGUGCCCAAAGAUGUCAAUGCAGCCAUUGCUGCGAUAAAAACCAGGAGGUCAAUUCAGUUUGUUGACUGGUGUCCAACUGGCUUUAAGGUGGGAAUUAACUACCAGCCUCCUACAGUUGUGCCGGGAGGGGACUUGGCAAAAGUCCAACGUGCUGUUUGUAUGCUGAGUAACACCACAGCUAUUGCAGAGGCUUGGGCCAGGUUGGACCAUAAGUUUGACCUGAUGUAUUCUAAAAGGGCCUUUGUGCACUGGUAUGUUGGGGAAGGUAUGGAAGAAGGAGAGUUCUCUGAGGCUAGAGAGGAUAUGGCCGCCCUAGAAAAGGAUUAUGAAGAGGUGGGUACAGAGUCAGGUGACGGUGGAGAUGAGGAAGAGGAUGAAUAUUAAAAUAUCAUUCUGUAUAUAAUUCAUUAUAAAAUCUUUUUCAAAAUACUUGUUGAGGUACGUGCAAAUUGUAUUAAGAAAUCUAAAUAAACAUUGUAAUACCUUG